GCAGCAUAACCCCUAAUUAUUCACCACUUUCCACUGAGAAUAAAUAUUCUUCCCGCUCCCAAACCCUACUCAGAGCGGACAAACACCAGACGCCUGGAUUUUCUCCUGAUGAACCACUACGGACUCAGAGGUUGCAGUAGUUCUUCAGUUAGAAGCCUAAUCCUUACUCGAAUUUCAUGCUUAUAAUAUGAGAGCCAACCGGGCUAGGCUCAGUACCGAUCUCUAGCACAGCGGAAGAUUUUUCUUUUUCACUUAUUUCUUGUAAAGCGUUUGACAAUUCUUAUAUCUUUCUGCCUGUAUGCUGUCCAAGAAUUCAUAAGUUUUGCUACAUUUCAGUAAGUAGCUCGCAACUCUGAGGCUAAUGGAGGCAAUUUUGAAGCCAUGCGAUUCGAUCCUGAGCCGAUCGAAAAAUAUGAUUUGUGUGCCGUCUUCACGGAGGACGAAGAAUGCCUCUCGUAGGCGUGGCUUCCAUGGAUUCUCACGCAGCAAAUUUUUGGGUGAACAAAUGUUGCCCGCCUUGAAAGUUUCUGCCAAAGGAAAAGCACAGUCGAGGAUGAAUGCGGAGCGAAAUUCUAUUGUGGCUGAAGCAGUGGUUGCAGGCAAAGAGCAGGGAAUUACCAAAGAAACUGCUGGAGCUGUGAAAAUAGGUGUCCCUGAAAUUAUGCAUUUUUACCGCCUUCCAUUUCUAGCUGAUAAUGCUGCAGCCGAGCUUCUUAAGCGGGUUCAAGCAAAGAUUUCCACUGAAAUUGUAGAAAUAAGGACUGAACAGUGUUUCAAUGUGGGUCUGAAUUCCCAGUUGUCUAGUGAUAAGCUUGAAAUACUAAAAUGGCUACUUAGAGAGACAUAUGAACCUGAAAAGCUGCAAUCUCAAAGUUUGUUGGAUAUAGAAAGAGCAAGGAAUGGAUCAGCUAUAUUAGUUGAAGUGGGUCCUCGGCUUUCCUUCAUGACAGCAUGGUCGGCAAAUGCUGUGUCUAUAUGCAAGGCCUGUACAUUAACUGAGGUCACUCGCAUAGAAAGGUCAAGACGGUACCUGCUAUUUCUGAAUUCAGAUUCCAGUGUUUUGCAACAGAGCCAACUUGAUGAGUUUACAGCGAUGGUUCAUGACCGGAUGACAGAGUGCAUUUACACAUCAAAGUUAACCUCUUUCCAGACAAAUGUGGUCCCUGAUCCUGUAGUGCAGGUGCCUGUACUUGAGAAAGGAAGGAAAGCUUUGGAAGAGAUAAACAAACAAAUGGGCCUCGCUUUUGAUGAUUUCGACUUGGAGUAUUACACACAGCUUUUUCGAGAUGAUAUAAAACGCAACCCUACCAAUGUUGAACUUUUUGAUAUUGCACAAUCUAACAGUGAGCAUAGUAGACAUUGGUUUUUUAAGGGGGAGCUAGUUAUUGAUGGACAACUUGUUACUGGCACUUUAAUGAGCAUUGUCAAGGAUACUCUUGAAGCAAAUUUAAAUAAUUCUGUAAUUGGAUUUAAUGAUAAUUCAAGUGCAAUCAAAGGUUUUCCAGUUGAAGCAUUACUUCCAGUAUCAGCAGGUUCAACAUCUCCAUUAAGUACUGUUCAUCGCAACUUCGAUAUUCUUUUCACUGCAGAGACACAUAAUUUCCCUUGUGCGGUGGCUCCUUUCCCAGGAGCAGAAACUGGUGCAGGAGGACGCAUACGGGAUACUCAUGCAACAGGGAUAGGGUCCAUUGUUGUUGCCGCAACUGCUGGUUACUGUGUUGGAAAUCUACAGAUUGAAGGCUCUACCUCUCCAUGGGAGGAUCUUUCUUUUUCAUAUCCAUCAAAUUUGGCAUCUCCUUUGCAGAUCCUGAUUGAGGCAAGCAAUGGUGCAUCAGACUAUGGGAACAAGUUUGGAGAGCCCUUGAUUCAGGGUUAUACACGAACAUUUGGCAUGAGACUGCCAAAUGGGGAACGACGAGAGUGGCUUAAACCCAUAAUGUUUAGUGCGGGAAUUGGCCAGAUUGACCAUCAGCAUAUUAAUAAGGGGGAACCUGAUGUAGGCAUGCUUGUUGUCAAGGUUGGUGGUCCUGCAUACCGCAUUGGCAUGGGAGGUGGUGCAGCAUCUAGCAUGGUAAGUGGUCAAAAUGACGCAGAGUUGGACUUCAAUGCAGUUCAGCGAGGGGAUGCAGAAAUGGCUCAAAAGCUGUAUCGGGUUAUCCGUGCAUGUGUGGAAAUGGGAGACAAAAAUCCCAUCAUAAGCAUUCAUGAUCAAGGAGCUGGUGGGAACUGCAAUGUUGUGAAAGAAAUAAUCUACCCUAAGGGGGCAGAAAUUGACAUAAGAUCCAUAGUAGUUGGUGAUGAAACGAUGUCGGUUUUGGAAAUAUGGGGUGCUGAAUACCAGGAACAGGAUGCAUUACUUAUAAGGGCUGAAAAUGAGAGCUUGCUACAUUCUAUCUGCGAAAGGGAAAGAGUGUCAAUGGCUGUAAUUGGCACAAUAAGUGGCAAUGGAAAAAUUGUGCUCAUUGAUAGUUUGGCAAAGGAGAAUUGUGUUUCGAAUGGUCUUUCCCCUCCCCCUCCAGCUGUUGAUCUUGAUCUUGAGAAGGUUCUAGGUGACAUGCCACGUAAACGUUUUGAAUUUACUCGAAAAGUUGAAGUAUUAGAGCCACUUGACAUUGCACCAGGAGUGACUGUCCUGGAUGCCCUCAAACGAGUUCUUCAACUUCCAUCUGUCUGUUCAAAACGUUUCUUAACAACCAAGGUUGAUCGCUGUGUCACAGGUCUUGUUGUACAGCAGCAGACAGUGGGGCCUUUGCAGCUUCCUCUUGCGGAUGUUGCUGUUAUUGCUCAGUCAUAUACAGGUAUAACAGGAGGUGCCUGUUCCAUUGGAGAGCAGCCAAUAAAGGGUUUAAUAAAUCCAAAGGCAAUGGCAAGGCUAGCUAUUGGGGAGGCUCUUACAAAUCUUGUUUUUGCUAAGGUUACAUCACUGAAAGAUGUUAAAGCAAGCGGAAAUUGGAUGUAUGCAGCCAAGCUUGAUGGAGAAGGAGCAGACAUGUAUGAUGCAGCUAUUGCUCUUCGUGAUGUAAUGAUAAAACUUGGAAUAGCUAUUGAUGGUGGUAAAGAUAGUCUUUCUAUGGCUGCACAAGCAUCAGGAGAAACCGUGAAAGCUCCUGGCAAUCUGGUCAUCAGUGCUUAUGUGACUUGUCCAGAUAUUUCUAAGACUGUAACACCAGACUUGAAGCUGGGAGAUGAUGGUGUUUUGCUGCACAUUGAUUUGGCAAAAGGAAAGCGUCGUUUGGGAGGUUCUGCACUUGCACAUGUUUUUGGUCAGAUAGGUGACAUUUGCCCAGAUCUUGAUGAUGUUUCAUAUCUAGAGAGAGUCUUCAAUAUGGGCCAAGAACUGCUCAGCAAAAAUCUUGUCUCAGCUGGUCAUGACAUUAGUGAUGGUGGUAUCGUUGUAUCCUUGCUAGAGAUGGCAUUUGCAGGAAACUGUGGUAUCAAAGUUGAUUUAAGCUCAAAAAAUGCUGGUAUAUUUGAAGUGCUAUUUUCUGAAGAACUUGGCCUUGUGCUUGAGGUUAGCAGUGGUAAUAUUAAUGUUGUUACCAAGAAACUUGAAGCUGCAGGUGUCGUGUUUGAAAUUAUUGGACAAGUUACAGCAUCUCCUGUUAUAGAGGUCUGUGUUGAUGGGACAUUACAGCUUAGUAAAACAACACCAUAUCUUAGGGAUCUGUGGGAGGAGACAAGUUUUAUGCUGGAAAGAUUACAGAGAUUGGAAUCAUGCGUACAGAUUGAACAAGAUGGACUGAAAGGCCGGCAUGCACCUGCUUGGAACUUGUCAUUUGUUCCUAGUGGUACAGAUGAAAAAUACAUGAAAUUGGAAUCAAAACCAAAGGUGGCUGUAAUUCGAGAAGAAGGCAGUAAUGGUGAUAGGGAAAUGUCAGCUAUGGUUUUGGCUGCUGGCUUUGAACCUUGGGAUGUUUCAAUGUCAGAUCUUUUGAAAGGCAGAGUCACUUUGGAAGACUUUAGAGGGAUAGUCUUUGUUGGAGGGUUUAGCUAUGCAGACGUGUUGGACUCUGCGAAAGGAUGGGCUGCUACAAUAAGGUUUAAUGAUUCUCUUCUUCAACAGUUUCAAGAAUUUUAUGAGCGACCAGAUACAUUCAGCCUUGGAGUGUGUAAUGGAUGUCAGCUGAUGGCUCUUCUUGGCUGGGUGCCUGGGAAGGAAGUUGGAGGAGUAUUUGGUGCCGGUGGUGACAGCUCACAACCUCGGUUCAUCCAUAAUGAAUCUGGUUGUUUUGAGUGUCGGUUUAUCUCUGUGAAAAUAGAUGACUCACCUUCAAUAAUGUUGAAAGGCAUGGCAGGUACUACAGUUGGCAUCUGGGCUGCACAUGGAGAAGGAAGAGCAUUCUUUCCCAAUAAAGAUGUACUGAAACAUAUACAAGAAUCAAAUUUAGCACCAAUUAGGUAUUGUGAUGACGAUGGAUAUGUAACUGAGGCAUACCCCUUCAAUCCUAAUGGUUCACCACUUGGAAUUGCAGCCUUAUGUUCUCCAAGUGGAAGGCAUCUAGCUAUUAUGCCACACCCUGAGCGAUGCUUCCUCAUGUGGCAAUUCCCAUGGUAUCCUAGGGAAUGGGAACUAGAUCCGAAGGGUCCUAGCCCUUGGUUAAGGAUGUUUCAAAAUGCACGGGAAUGGUGUGAUGAAAUAUGAAAAAAAUAGCACCAUUCAAUCGAUUUAUUUCUAACAUAUAGUACAAAAUUUUGUAGAGUUUCUUAGGAAUUUAUUGUAAUAGUUUUUCAAAUUUUUUAUUGUACAUGGAUAUUAGUAAAUUCUUCAUCGUUUUUUACAGUUUGUCAAUUUUUGAUUACUUAUACCAUAUCAGACUGAAACACAUUUACACAAUGUUUUAUGCUGUCAAGAUGGAGAGAAAUUCCUGACAAGAUUGUAUCUUCGAGGUAUUUUUCAAUAUAAUUAUAUAACUAAAUUCAACUCGUUUUCUUGA